ACAGAACGCUCCCAGCCAGCCCCUCUCGCGUCCGCCGCGGCGCCUACCCAGUUCACCGGCGUUCGUGCGCUCGUGCCGUCUCGAUCCUCCGACCCCCACCCCCGCGGCGGCGACCAUGGCGGAUCAGCUCACCGACGACCAGAUCGCCGAGUUCAAGGAGGCCUUCAGCCUGUUCGACAAGGACGGAGAUGGUUGCAUCACAACCAAGGAGCUGGGAACGGUCAUGCGCUCGCUGGGGCAGAACCCAACGGAGGCUGAGCUCCAGGACAUGAUCAAUGAAGUCGAUGCUGAUGGCAACGGCACCAUUGAUUUCCCAGAGUUCCUCAAUCUGAUGGCUCGCAAGAUGAAGGACACCGACUCAGAGGAAGAGCUCAAGGAGGCCUUCAGGGUGUUCGACAAGGACCAAAAUGGCUUCAUCUCUGCUGCUGAGCUCCGUCAUGUCAUGACAAACCUUGGCGAGAAGCUAACCGACGAGGAGGUCGAUGAGAUGAUCCGUGAAGCUGAUGUUGAUGGUGAUGGCCAGAUUAACUAUGAGGAGUUUGUCAAGGUCAUGAUGGCCAAAUGAGCAUCUCCAGGGAUCGUGCAUUGCGUAUUAGUUAAGAUGCAACUCUUAUUUGAUCGAUUUCCAGUUAAGCAUCCUACUAGCUGUAGCUGCUGCUAAAACGGACAACGCAAUUCCUGCUAUGUUCCUUCUAUCCAGUGUGUUUCCAGAUCUGUUGUGUUUUAUGUGAACUUGCCCCUACCUGGUGUAUCCUGAUUGCUGUUGGGCCCGUUUGUAGUAUAUUUUUUCAUCAUCUUGUGCUUGACUCUUCUAGUAUCAAUGGAAAGCUGGUGUUUAUCA